AGCCCUCAGAACAGAUGAGCGUGAAUGGAUAUAAUAUCUUAAAGGAAUGAUAAUACGUUUGGAUAAGAUGUGGACGCUUUUUUCAAUCGUCCUACUGUCUAUCAUACAGAUGCAACAGGUUAUGGCAACAGGAUGUAGUAUUGUGUCAGUGACAUCGACUUCAGCAUCGACGUUGAAUGUCACCUGGAGCGAUGACAUUGGCGCUUCGGUCUAUUUACUGGACUUACGACUAGUCAACUCCACCAGUAUUGUCCCGUUGGUGGUGAUGCCGUAUCCGCCCAGCACUCAGAGGCUGGUUCAGGGAUUACGACCCGGCCAUACGUACCUGGUGACGCUGAAGGUCUUAGAGUUUUACAAUGUUGUGUGCAACGACACUUACCAAGCCAUGACAGUACCUGCAACAUCUCAGAUCACAUAUUCCAGAGCUAUUUCAAGUACCUCUAUAAUAUUUGAAUGGUCGAGUGUGUUUGGGGCCGACAGCUACACCUUAUAUGUGGAGGAGUUGUUCAGUAUGCCCGCGAAAAAAUACAACCAGACCUCAACAAAUUUAAGCGGGCAAGUGGACGACUUGAUUCCAUCUACUACGUACAACUGUUACGUUUAUGCCGACAACAACGCAGGCAGGAGUGCCAGGAGUAAUAUCAGGACCAUCGUCACCUUGGUGCAGCCGCCUACGGGUGUGGCUCUUGUCUCCACCGGAAGGAACACGGCUCAAGUGUCUUGGGUCGCUGUGGAUAAAGUUCUGCUUUAUCAAGUGACCGUGAGCGACAACGAUAAUCCCAGCAACGCGCCCGUCAUCAUGAACACAUCGACCACAACCAUGCAAAUCAGUAAUCUAGAACCUUGCUCCACCUACACCGUGGGGGUAUCGUCAGUCAACGUGUUCUUAGUUCCAGGGGAACCUUCUAAUGUCACGCACACAACAUCCACUAUAAAUCCAGUGACAUCCAUCACGACAGUCUACAGCUGCUCCAGCGGUAUGGUGACAGUAACAUGGGAUUUGGCCUUCGGUGCCAACUUGUACCGGGCCACGGCGGUGGACGGCACCGGCGCGUCGGUCAACUGUACGUCAGCCACCGAUAACUGUCAGAUCACCAUGCUCAAGUGCGGCGAGAAGUAUAGCGUCUACGUGACGGCAAUCUCGGACGACUGCGAGAGUAUCGCCAACACCUCCACCCUGUUUGAGACAGUGCCCUGCGCGCCGGCUCACCCUCUGACUAGCCACGACUGCUCCAGCGAUGUGAUCCAAUUUAGCUGGGAGGCAACCAACAACACCUUGUACUACGUGGCCAUGGCCAAAGACAACAACGGCCAACUCACUGAGUGCCGGACACAAGAAACUACCUGCUUCUUCACCGAAACGGGCUGCGGUCAGUUCUACACGUACACCGUGCUUGCUGUCAGCACAGAGUGCAACAGUGAAGUCAGCCAGCCUGAGUUUGUCCGGACAUCUCCUUGUCUUCCAACAAAUGUAAAGACGGCAGCACAAUGUCAUUCGGAAACCUUGAUCACUACUUGGGACUCGGCCGCAGGAGCUCUGUCCUACACUAUAGAAGCAGAAGGCAACACGGGGCAAACCUACAACUGCACCUCCUCGUCAAACAGCUGUGCCGUGACCGGCGUGCCUUGCGGGGAACACCUCAGCGUGUGGAUCGUGGCUUCCAAUGACAACUGCUCAACCAACAGGGUUCUGGGAGAGGUGGCUCAGACGGUCCCUUGCACCCCCACCAUUGUGUCAGCAUCAGCUGACUGCAGCCAAGAUUCUGCAACAGUCACCUGGACGACAAGCAUCGGCGCCUUAUUUUACAUCGCAGUCAUUCAGGAUAUGAAUGGAAAUUCGCACAGCUGUAAUUCAGGCAGAACCUAUUGCUUGGUGGAAGACCUGACGUGUGGACGGAACUACACGGCCCACGUUAUCGGAACUAAUCUGAAAUGUAACAGUAGCGACAGUGAUGACAUUGCAUUUAUUACAGCACCUUGUCCCCCUGACAACAUUGAAGCGUUCAGAGACUGUGACGCCAACCACGCCCUGAUUGUCUGGCAGAACCACCAGUCCACGGGCAACUACACGGCAAUCAUGAAAGAUCAGAGUGGAGCUCAACUUAGCUGCAACAGUGACACUGUCAACAACUGCAAAAUCCCUGACCUGCCCUGCGGGAAGAGAUACAAUGUUACGGUCACCAACAAUGAUGGAAACUGCUCGUCUACCUCCACAUCAAUCAGCAUGGACUCCGUUCCAUGUGGCCCAGAGGAUGUUGAAGCGGCCAUGAAUUGCCUGACAAACGAGCUGACGGUGACCUGGAGCAUCUCUGUUCCUGCGGACAACUAUACAACCACCAUUUCCAGAGGGAUGGGUCAGCCUCUGUUUUGUAACUCCACAGAGACCCAGUGCACCAGCGGAGGGUUGGUUUGUGGCAGCAUUUACUCGGUGACUACUGUCGCCAUCACCGGGUCUUGCUACAGUAUGCCAAGUACAGAGGUCAACGUGCAAUCAUUGCCAUGCCCUCCUACAUCUGUAACUCCUUUUGAAAUGUGUGAACCAGCCCCUAGUUUAGUGACUUGGUUGGCCAGUGACAGUGCCAACUCGUACACUGCUGUCGCUGUGAGCAGUACAGCCGAAGCUUCAGUAUGCACCACCAACGGCACAAUGUGCUACUUUUCUGACCUUACCUGUGGGGAAGUUUACAGUAUCACUGUGGCAGGAGUGUACAACAACUGCACAGGUCUCCAGGGAGACGCUGUGCCACUGUACACAGAACCAUGCACCCCCACCAACGUGUCCAGCCAGCUGGACUGUGCAGCUGGGACUUCUCAUGUCUUCUGGAACUCGGAUCCAAAUGCCGUCAGUUACACGGUGAUAGCCGCCAAUCCAGAGCAGACGCUCACCUGCGUCAGCCCCACCCCCAACUGCACGCUGACAAACCUUCUCUGUGACCGCCCUUACGACAUUUUUGUAACGGCCACCGAUGGCAAUUGUGUCAGCAGCAACAGCACCCCCAUCUGGCAAGCACCAGUACCGUGUGCGCCAAUGGAUGUCGACACCACUUUGUCCUGCAGCACCAACGACUUAACGGUCAGUUGGACAAAUUCUUCUUGGCCACUAAACUACAGCGUCACCGCCACCCCCCUCUCUGGAAAUAUGACAUCAGCCGUCUGCUCCACGGACAGCACUACCUGUAGUCUGAGUAGCCUUCACUGCGGACAUACUUACAAUGUAUCUGUAAAAGGUUGCUAUGGAGAUUGCCCUGGGCCAUAUAGUGUCCCACAGACAAUCAUGACAGCUCCAUGUGCACCUCAGAGCUUGGAAGCAACGAUAGACUGUAGCACAAACUUCAUUUGGGCCUCUUGGAGUGCUUCUUCGGGGGCUACCUCCUAUUCAGCGACUAUGGAGGGACCAAAUGGAUUCAUUGAGAUCUGCCUGUCAUCGAACCUCACCUGUUCUUUUCGUAAUUCAUCGUGCGGAACGCAAUAUAGUAUUAACGUCACAGCUCACGACGACUACUGCACUAGCGACGUCGUUCAGACAACAAUGACCACUGGGCCGUGUGAUCCAGUCAAUGUGACCGCCGUUCUCCAGUGUGGCUCUGAUGCAGCGACAGUAUCUUGGCAAGCCAGCACAGGGGCCACAGCGUACCAUGUUUCGGCUUACAGUUCACAGCAUCAAACGUCCUGCUGGAACAUGUCAACUUCCUGUCAGUUGAACGGGCUGCAGUGCGGAACGACGUAUGAUCUGACUGUGCUAGCUGAGGACAAUCAUUGUAAUAGCACAGGAAGUUCACAAGCAGUGUUGAAGACAGCUCCAUGCUCACCAUACGUUGAGAACAGCACCCAAAUCUGUGGCACCAAUUCCUCCUCUGUGUCUUGGAUGCCAAUGGCCGACGCCACAGGUUACAUCCUUUACGCAACAGCCAUAGGCGGCCACUCAGUUUCCUGCAGCUCAGUGACCCCAUCGUGUGAGCUAACAGAUUUAGUGUGCGGCGAGACCUACACGACCACUAUUGUGGCUCAGGGAAGCCAAUGUGACAGUCCACCUGGAGAAAGCACUGACAUUACCACUGUUCCAUGUCCACCGGCGGUCGUUUCCAAGCAGUAUAUGUGUGACAACAACACAGCCAUGCUCAGUUGGAGUAACACCGUCGGAAGUCUGAGCUACCAAGCCGAGAUAGUCGGAUAUGGUUAUAUGGACAGUUGCAAUACUACAAAUACCAGUUGUGUAGUCCAUGAUCUUCCUUGUGGUUUGGAUUUAAAUGUUACCGUGCAGGCUGAAGGAGAACACUGCAACAGCGCCCCCAGUGUCUGUCAAUCACUCCAAACGGCCCCGUGCGCCCCAGUGAACAUUAGCGCCACACUAGUUUGUUUCAAUCAUUCGGCCUUGGUGUCAUGGUCGGGAAGUUACAGUGCUGUAGAAUACACAGUGACCUCUUCCGGCCAAAAUGGGCACACACAUCAAUGUCACUCCAACACAACUAGCUGUCAACUUUCACACAUCCACUGCGGAGAAACAUAUGACAUUACCGUAAUGCCGCACUCCGAGUCGUGCGCUGGAACAUCGAGUGAAGUCUACAGCUUCAGUGCAGGCCUUUGCUCUCCCAGUAAUGUCACCAUGUCCCCACCGUGUGAAGACAACAACAUAGUGUCUUGGUCCAGCGUAACAGGGGCCGAGAUGUACAUAGCCACAGCCAUAGCCGAUGAUGGGCAAACACACAAUUGCAGCUCAAAUACUUCCACCUCAUGCCAGUUCACUGACCUUCAAUGUGGCCAAAACUAUUCCGUCACCGUGGUGACCGUGGACCGGGGUUGCAGGAGCGAACCGAGCUCAGCUGUGCAAUUGACAACCGCUCUAUGUCCACCCACAAACUUGGCGGGCCAGGUCACCUGUGACACCAAUACAGUGACCAUCUCAUGGGACCAGAGUCCAGUGCCAGGGGUUUCUUACAUCCUGAAAUACGAGAAGCUCUAUGGCACACUUACUUCUUCAUCGCUGACGAUAUCAACCACCUCACACGCAUUCAACGACCUACAGUGUGGACAACAAUAUGCCUUCUACGUUGCCUUCCAGGAUGGAGUUUGCCACAGCAGCUACAGCCCUUCUAUGGAAUUAAGCACAGCUCCCUGCCAGCCUACAAACUUCACUGCUCACGUGGACUGCGGGAUGAACAAAGGCAACUUCUCCUGGGCUGAAAGCAAUGGAGCCGAUUUUUACACAGUGGAGGUGAUAGGAGACCAUGGCCAUGUGGCGUCCUGCGCAUCCAACGACACUUCCUGUGCUGUCAGACUUCACUGCGGCCGCACGUAUUCGGCCUCGCUGGUAGCUUCCACUGAGAGCUGCAACAGCACUGAACAUGCGGACAUUUAUUUUGAUUCCGCUCCCUGUCUCCCAGAAGACGUUGUCGCUGUGAUGGACUGUUACACCAAUGUGAUGAAUGUGAGUUGGUCAGAGACGCCCGGCUCAGACAACUACACGGCCUGGGCCAUCAGCACACAUGGACACAGAGCUUCCUGCAACUCCACAUACAACAAUUGCUCCAUCCAUGAUUUGCAUUGUGGCCAUGUCUACGAGGUGGUGGUCACCUCGUCCUCCGUUCAGUGUGAAAUCAUCGUAGGUUCUGACUACCAGGUCCAAGCCGCUCCGUGUAAACCGGAGAACGUCACAGGGGAUCUUAACUGCAGCUCCAACAUCAUGACGGUCAUGUGGGAUCAAGUCAGUUCACUGGCUCAGAACUUCACUGUAGAAGCCACAUCUACUUCUGGUGUUAACUCUACCUGUGAAACCAAUAUGGGCUACUGUUCCUUCUUGGACUUGAGCUGUGGUCAACUCUACACUUUCACCGUAAUGGGUUACACCAACGUCUGCAUGAGUGAGAUGAGCUACCCCACAGCCAAGCAAACCGCUCCAUGCCCCCCUGGCGAGGUAUCCGCAGUGUUAAACUGUACCACCCGAAAAGCUCUGGUCAGCUGGAAUACGGCUGAUGCAGCCACAGCUUUCAGCGUCCUUGCAACCACCACCGAUGGACACAAUUCCUCCUGCAGUGAGAUGGGAACGUCAUGUGAACUUAACAACCUGGUCUGUGGACAAAACUACUCCGUAAUAGUGGACUCAAUGCACACUGGCUGCGCCGGUCCAGCAACUACUCCAGUCUUGCUCACUACAGAUCCUUGUGUUCCCAUAAACAUCUCAGUCUACUACAGAGUAGUCGAUACCCAAGUGCUGUGGACUGCAGCAGAUGGAGCAAGUUCCUACACCGUCUGGGCUGGAAAUGAUCAAGGCACAGUCGCUACGUGUAACAGCACAGGAACAAGCUGCCAUUUGAGUGGCCUGCAGUGCGGUCAGAUCUACAAUGUUACUUUGACAGCACACAAUCAGGCUUGUGACAGUUUGACGUCUGACACUCAGUAUCUCAAGACAGAACCAUGCCCGCCUACCAAUGUUUUGGCCGAUGUGGAGUGUGAUCAACUUGCAGUGACUAUUUCCUGGGACCAGAGUACGCUCGCUGUGGGUUACGUUGCCUACGUUUACGACAAUUACGGAGGCUACAAGUUGAUGUGUGAGGUGGACGACACAAAUAGCAGCUGUGAGGUCUCGGGGCUCAUGUGUGGCACCCCAUAUGACGUCUGGGUUGUCGCCUUGGGGGAGGAGUACAACAGCUCUAACAGCACAACGGUCACAUUCUCAUCAGAGCCUUGCCCACCAGAGAGCAUUGAAGCCGUUAUGGACUGUGACAUCAAAUCUGCGAUUGUAUCUUGGCUACCCGGCAUUGGAGCCGUGUCUUACAUGGCUGAACUAACAGCUUCAUCGGGCCACACGGCAACAUGCACCACUAACCGGACCAACUGUCUACUCACAUCUCUGCAAUGUGGCGAGGGAUACAUCGUGACUGUGACGAGUGUGGGAGACGCCUGCAAUAGCGCUGACGUAAUGUCGGGAUUCCUCAUCACAGAGUCGUGUGUCCCGAUGAAUCUCUCCGUCCACUUCAUUGUGAGCCAAGCUCACGUCAUGUGGGGUGAAACAAAAGGCGCCGGGUCUUACUGUGUCCAGGCUGUGACUGACCAGGGUCUGACUGCCACCUGUAACAGCACCAACACCCAGUGCACCCUUACUGGUUUGCAGUGCAGUCAGAUCUACAACGUAACCGUAUCUGCAAAAAACGAUGUCUGCAACAACACAGCGAAAUCGGAAACGUACCGACUCAUGACAGAACCAUGUCCACCGACCAAUGUCCAGGCCAAUGUGGAAUGUGAGCAGCUUACAAUGACUGUUUCCUGGGAGCAGAGUGAGCUCGCUGUGGGUUACGUUGCCUACGUUUACGACCAUUAUGGAUACUAUUUGACGUGUGAGGCGGAAGACAUAGACACCAGCUGUGCUGUCUCGGGACUUAUGUGUGGAACCUUAUAUUAUGUGUGGGCCAUAGCCUUGGGAGAGCAGUAUAAUAGCUCUGACAGCACGAUGGUCAUGGUCACAUCAGCUCCAUGCCUGCCCACCAAUGUAGAUGUCGAAGUGGACUGCAACUCUGAUGGGGUUGCAGUGGCGUCCUGGAGCCCUCCUUACGGCAUAGCAAACAUUUCCCUGACAGCCAGUGGAAGUCGUCAGUUUCACUGCCAAGCUGGCCUGUUGAGUAUUUGUAACCUGACGGGUUUAGACUGCGGUGAAACCUACAACUUGAGCCUCACUGCCAGCAACAACGACUGCAGCGUCACGUCUCAUAUGCGCUCAAACUUCACCACACGUCCAUGCCGACCUCGCUAUGUUGGGGUUGUCCGGCCGUGCGGUACUGAAGCUGCUGUCCUAUCCUGGGAGAUGAAGCCUGAAGUGGAACUUUACAUGGCAAGCGCUGUGUCAAGCUCAGGAGGGGAUGAGCUUUGGUGUAACUCCACAGGUUCUUCCUGUGCUUUCUCAUCCCUCUACUGUGGCGAGAUGUACAACUUCACCGUCAAGGCACUGAGUCACAGCUGCUGUAGCCAAGUUAGUGACUCCGUAUACGUUCAGACAGACCCUUGCCAGCCUGUGAUUGUGUUGGCUCAGUCACCUUGUCAGAGCGAGGAGCUGCAGCUCUCCUGGAAUCCUGCUAGCGGCGUGCUGUUUUACCUCAUCACGGCCACAGGAAAUCUGGGCUAUGUGGAGAACUACAAUACGACGCAGACGGGCCUAACUGCGUCUCUUCCGUGUGGACAGAACUACAGCGUCACCGUGCAAGGACAAGGAAGCGAGUGCAACAGUGACCCGAGCACUAUUGCCUUUGUCAAAACAUCUCCUUGCAUCCCUCGUGACGUGAUAAUCCAUGAGCAGUGUGGGGCGAACACAGCCACUGUUUUUUGGGGGUCCAGUGAAGGUGCCAAAACAUACGCUGCAGAAGCCAUUGGUCUUGAUGGAUACAGCCACUGGUGUUACAGCAACCAAACCAACUGCACCUGGGAUGACCUGCGCUGUGGGGAGGUCUACAUGGUCUUGGUGAUGGCCAAGGAUGAGGACUGCACCAGCCUCCCUAGCAACAGCUCUUUCAUCUACAUGGAACCAUGUUCACCUCAGAAUGUCCUUGCCUCUGUGGAUUGUGAUUUGAACGCUGCCUCGCUUAGCUGGGAUGCCAGUAAUGGGACAACAGUGUAUGUGAUCUCGCUCGAAAUGGAUGGAUACCAAAGUGUUUUGCAAAACACCAAUGACACCCAAGUCUACUUGUCAAACCUUAACUGUGGGGCAAACUACAACCUCACUGUGACACCUUACAACGAUAACUGCGAGGGCAUGACCAGUGCGACGACUCCCAUACAGACAUGGCCGUGCCCACCCGGUGAGGUUUAUGCCAUGCAGGACUGCAUUUCUGAUACGGUCAUGGUCAUGUGGCAACCUGGCAAUGGAACAAACCACUACACAGCCACCAUGGACUCUGACAUUGGCAACUCCCAAAUCUGCAUGUCAUACUCUGGCGAAUGCAACGUUUCUGGAUUGACCUGCGGACAAAACUUCACCGUGUCCGUCACAGCGUCCAACCAGCAGUGUAAUGUCACCUCCGUAGCAAAUCACAGUGUGCACUCAGUGCCGUGUAUUCCCACUGAUGUCUCUGUGGCGAAGGACUGUGCCAGCAACACUGCUACCGUUUCCUGGUCUGCCAGCGACGGUGCAACGCAGUACUUAGUAGCAGCCUCCUGUUACCAUGGCAAUGUUAGCCAUCAGACCUUUGACCUCAACUAUACGCUGGAUGAUCUCAUGUGCGGUAGCCGAUAUUCCGUUCAAGUGGUGGCAAUGGAUGACAACUGCUCCAGUGUUCCCAGUCAAGUUUUGGUAUUUGACGCAGCUCCAUGCCCUCCUCAAAAUGUCAGCACCCAACUCAGCUGCAUGUCCAAGAACUUGACGGUUUCUUGGGACUCCGUCGGCUAUGCGGACUACUUCUUAGUUGCGGUACACGAGGACAACAUACAAGGAAGCAAUGAGACCUUUAACACGACCAGCAACGAAUGUUCCACCAGUCCCCUAAACUGUGGAAGUAGCUACACCAUCCAAAUCACGGUAGUCAAAGGAGAUUGCCAAAUCCCAUCCACUCAGAACUACAGCACGUUGUCAGCUCCAUGCCAGCCUCAGGGCAUCCAAGGCAGCCUUGACUGUGUGACCAAUUCGGCCUGGAUCUCAUGGGACUCCGCCUUGGGCACCGACUCCUACACCGUUUCGGCGAUCGGAGAAGACGCCAGCACGGCCAACUGUACCACCUGGACCAACACCUCCUGCGAGGUUGAGGACCUGGCAUGUGGCAUUCUUUAUAACUUUAGCGUGACUGCCAAGAACAGCCAGUGUGACAGUUAUCCCAGCACCACCAUUGAAUUGCAAACAGCCCCCUGCUCCCUCUCGGGCAUCACAGCCUUCACUGAAUGCCACGACGGUUCCAUCAUCGUCAUCUGGGAGCUCGUGGAAGGAAGCGAGGGAAACACCGUGUACAUCGCCACGGCGGAGGCUAGCGACCACACGUACCUGUACUGCAACAGCACAGGCACCAACUGCACCCUGCAAGGGGCACAGUGUGACCUCUACUACACCAUCAUCAUUGCCGCUUCAUCAGAUUCGUGCAGCAGUUUGAGAAGUCCACCUUAUAGAAUAAGCAUGGAACCGUGUCCACCAAGAGAGGUGAAUGUCAGCGCUUCGUGCGAGGACCGCAGCGCCCUGGUGUCCUGGACCCGCUCCCUGGUAGCAGCAACUUACCAAGUAGUCGCGAUGUCUGCGGACGGACACACGCACACUUGCGGCGACUCCUUCACCAACUGCACCUUGACUGAGCUGCAUUGUGACGAGCAGUACGCAGUCCACGUGACAGCCAGUCAUGAGAACUGCACCAGCAUGGCCAGUCACAAUGUUACCUUCAGCACAGGUCCAUGUCAGCCUGAGGAUCUCUCGGUAACCUUCCACUGCAGUAACCAGUCUGCAGUGCUCUCGUGGACCCCCAGCGAUAAUGCCGUGGACUACUACGGCUGCGCGCAAGCACCGAGUGGAGAGAUGCUCUACUGUUACAGCACCUACCCCACCUGUACCAUUCCCAAUCUGGACUGCGGGACUUUGUAUAAUUUCUCCGUACAGGCCUCGGAUGGCACGUGCAACAGCUCCUUCAGCGAGCCUGUGCAAAAAGGAGCAGUCCCGUGUCCUCCAGAUAGUGUUGAAGUGCAGCCUUUCAUGAUGUACACGGAGAUCCAGACAUUGCGAUUCACCUGGACGGAAAUAAGCUGCGCAGACACAGAGUACCUGUUGAGGUUAUCGGGGACCCUGCUGGGAAACAGCCAGGCCCAGUUUGAGGUGUCUUCUUAUUGGACAAACAUGACCUCGUUUGAGAUCCCGCUUCCCUGCGGUUCUUCCUACUCGGCCACAGUGGAGAGCAGGAACACUGCUGGAACCGGCGACCAGUCUGUGCCUCUUAAUGAUACAACAGCUCCAUGUCAGCCAACCAUGGUGAUGUACAGUAGCAACAUCACAGUCGCCAGAGUUUCCUGGAGCCCUUCCAUGUUUGCCACCACAUACUUUGUAUACAAGCACAAUAUCUCACUCAGCUCCCGACUGUGCACCACCACCGGCCUGUCCUGCUUUCUGCUGGUCAACAUCGACUAUUCAGACCUGCUGGUCACGGGCAGCAACGCAGCCGGGGAAAGCCAAGGAUCGACGGUUACGAGUGUGGUGGCGCAUGUCAGAAAGAGAGACAUCAGUGAGAGUGAAGGUCUUUCCGCCCCUGUGUUAAACGUCACACUACUUACCAGUGUAAUGGUCAUGGCGGAGUGGCCCCAAGAGGACGUUGCCAACGACGCAGCUUACAGGCUGAUGAUCAAGCCGCAGGCCCAAUCGGAGUCACCUCAGGAACUGACGGUACUCGGGUCAAGAUACAUCCUCACUGGACUGAGCCCCAACUCCACUUACUGCCUCACCGUGGCUGCCAGGAAAGAGACUGAUGUUGGACCGGAGUCGGAUCCUGUGUGCUUGGAAACUGGACAAGCCAGUUCGUAGUCAUUGUAUACAGCUUCACAUUGACACACAAGCCUGAUCACAAUGUGACAAAUCAAAUCACACUAACUUUAGACGCAAUCUUUUGGUACUCUGUAUAAAAAUCAUUAUUUUUAAUUGGCUGAAAAUGUAUACUGCGGGGUUUUGUCUAUUCACUUAAUUUAUAUAUUAGUCCUGAAAAAUGUACCAAAAAUUGUUCAAGUAUUGUGUUUUGUUUCAGAAUGUUCUAAUAAAGAAACUAAAUAUUUUUUUGUAUUGCUAUUCCGCACCGUUAUCUUUCGUUUCCGUUUCUUCAGUCCUGAAAAAAAAAGAAAACAAUUCCAUCAUUCAUAAAAGUGUUUUAUUAGAAAACAAAAUGCAAGAGAGCAACAACCCAGACACAUGACAAGCAGGGGUCUCAGCUGAACCCUUUGCGGACUCUACUUGAGGGGAUUACAACAUUCUCAGGAGGUCUACAGAAUCAGGAACAGAAUCGCUUAUCUCCUUCUCAAAGAUCAUUGAUGUAUAAGUGACAUUUUCU